UCCAGAGGAGCAGCGGCAACAGCGGCCACACGGACAAGGGACACGCCCACGUAUCGCUGGCGUGGGCGGCGGGCGGUGGGAGUGGCUGAGUGGAUGUCAGGAUGAAACUGAGCGUGAGCGCGUAUCGGGCGCAUGCAUCCGCACACAAGAAGAUCCUCUCCAGCGGCUAUCACUCACAGCUCAACUACGGCAGCACUGGAGCGGCAGCGGCAUCCUCCUCGUCGUCGGGGGCCACUGCAACGGGCCUAUAUACGAUGGAAGCGCACGAGCACGAGGCGGGCAAGUUUGUCAAGGAUGUGGCCCGUCAGGUGCACGACUGCAACAGCGACACGGACGUCAUCAGUCCCACGGGCACCAGUAGCUCCGGCGGAGGCGGAGGAGGCGGCGGUGCAGGCGGUGCCGGCGGAUCCGGUGGCGCUGGCGGACCCAGCGACGGCGGCUACCAUAAGCGGCACCACAAGAUGGUCCGGGAUGACGACAACAACAGUGCGGCGCACUCGUCGGACAGCAAAAGUCCUAGCCAGCGGAAAUCGCGUAUCGGAGAUGGAGCUUCAGAUCCAGAUUCCGAUUGGACACGAUCGAACCAGCGCUGGAUGAAGCUACGCACCACCGUGCAGAUCUCAUCGGCGAUACAGAAGAAACCACCGCUCAAGCGCGAAGACUCCUUCCUGAAGCGUUUCUCGACUAGACAGAUACCCGAAACACAGGAAACUGUUGAAGACACGGGUUCAGAAAGUGCCUCUGGUGACGUCGACAAGAGUGUUAAGCGACGGCGACGCUAUCUGCAGAAACGACGAUCCGUUGUUAAUCCAGAUGAAAAUUUUUACUUCUAUUGGUUAAUGAUGUUAACUGUAUGUGUUCUAUAUAAUCUAUGGACCCUAAUUGUGAGGCAGAGCUUUCCUGAACUGCAGCAAUCUGUGCCCACGUUUUGGCUCAUCUGCGAUUCGAUGACAGAUGUUGUAUUUAUCUUAGAUAUAAUAGUUCAAUUACGCACAGGCUAUCUGGAGCAGGGCCUAAUGGUAUACGACGACAGGAAGCUGGCCUGUCACUAUGUUCACUCGCGCGACUUUAUCUUCGAUAUGAUAGCGCUAAUACCAUUGGAUCUGCUGCAGCUGAAGAUGGGCACACAUCCGCUCUUGCGUUUUACGCGCUUUUUUAAAGUUUAUCGAUCUGUGAGAUUUUAUUACAUCGUAGAAAGUAGAACAGUUUGGCCGAAUUUAUGGCGCGUUGUUAACCUAAUUCAUAUCCUGUUAAUACUGGCACACUGGUUCGGUUGUUUCUAUUUUUUACUCUCCGAGGCGGAGGGCUUUCAGGGCGACUGGGUGUAUCCGUAUCGACCUGGCGACUACGCCACCCUGACGCGAAAGUAUCUGGGCAGCCUGUACUGGUCGACCCUGACCCUGACGACCAUCGGGGACCUGCCCACGCCGGAGACAAAUGCAGAACCGAACUUUUCGGUGGACGGCCCACGUUCUAUUCCGCGGCGUGGCAUUAAAUCGCGCCUGCUUCAGUUUGGCUCCAGUUAUGGAUAUAUUUUUACGAUCGUUAGCUAUUUGAUUGGUGUUUUUAUCUUCGCCACCAUUGUGGGCCAAGUGGGCAAUGUGAUAACGAACCGAAAUGCGAAUCGUCUGGAGUUCGAGCGCCUGCUGGAUGGGGCCAAGACCUACAUGCGGCACCACAAGGUGCCCGGAGGGAUGAAGCGUCGCGUGCUGCGGUGGUACGACUACAGCUGGUCCCGCGGCAGGAUACAGGGUGGCGGUGACAUCAAUACCGCACUGGGCCUCCUGCCCGACAAGCUGAAAACCGAAUUGGCCUUACAUGUCAACCUGAGCGUGCUGAAGAAGGUGACCAUAUUCCAAGAGUGCCAGCCCGAGUUCCUCCACGACCUCGUGCUCAAGAUGAAGGCCUACAUCUUCACGCCGGGCGACUCCAUCUGCCGCAAGGGCGAGGUGGCCCGCGAGAUGUUCAUCAUUGCCGACGGCAUCCUGGAGGUGCUGAGCGAGACGGGCAAGGUGCUCACCACCAUGAAGGCUGGCGAUUUUUUUGGCGAGAUCGGCAUCCUCAACCUGGACGGGCUGAACAAACGCACAGCGGAUGUGCGCUCCGUGGGCUACUCGGAGCUCUUCUCUCUGUCCCGCGAGGAUGUCCUGGCAGCCAUGAAGGACUACCCCGAUGCCCAGGAGAUCCUGCAGACCCUGGGCCGCAAGCGGCUGAUGGAGGUGCGCUGCGUGAACAAGAAGUACGCCAAGGCGCAGAGCGACAAGGAGGCGGCGGCCUACGCGGCUGCCCAUCCGCACCACCACCAGAGCCACCACCAAGGUCAGGUGCACCAGAGCGACAGCAGCGAGAACAGUGCCUCCAAGAAGAUCGUGGACAAGCUGAAGCACGACGUCAAGGGGUUCCGCAACGUGCUGAAGAAGUCCAGGACCUCGCGCAAGAGCGAUGAAUCCCUGGAGAUGCAGCCGCUGCACAACACCUCGCCGCGCGGCAGCAAGAUCCUGUUGAAGCGAAUGUCGCGGGUUCGAUCGGACGAAAAGGAUGCGGAUAGCGCCGAGGCCAAGGACGAGUUGCACGACAAAACGCCCAGUCCGAUUGGGGCGGGAUUGCCGCUGCUGCAGCGGCUCCGUCUCCUCAAGGAGAAGCAGGAAUCGAUCCAGGAGGAGCCCGAACGCGAGUUCAGCGAAGGCUUUCCCCUGAUCCAGCGACUCCAGCAGUUGAAAAUUAAGAACGAGCCGCAGGCCAACGCCGCCGAACCCGGCGUCGUCAUGGUCAACACGCCGCCCAACAUCAGCAGCAAGAUAGACUCGCAUUUCGGUGCCGGCCAGGCAGCAGGAGGAUCGCAUCCUGGCUCAAAUGGUGGAGCCAUCGGCGGCUCGGCGCCGGGACAAUCGCUGACGGUUGCCCAGAUCAAGCCCAUCAUGAAGGUGUCCUUCAAGCAGAAGAUCCAGCAGCUGCAAGGUGGCGGCGGAGGAGCCAGCAGUUCGCCGGGUCCAAGCACGGGGGCCAUAGCCAAAAAGGAGCCACCAAAAUCACUGGCUCUGGUGGCCAAGCACGCGACAUCCGAGGAUCCCGUCGCCGCAGCCGGAUUGGGUUUGGGAUUGGGGUCUGGUUCUGGUGCUGGCAUUGCCACCAUAUCGAAGAGGGUAGUCAAACCCCAAAGCCAUCGGAUGGCCACGCCGCUGCAAUCCGAUACGGACACCGAUGGCACGCCCAUCAAGCCGUGGUCCAAGCUGAAACUGGCCACCCUAAUGUCCUCCAGCUACACGAGCCUAACCAACUGUUCGCCGGAUGAUCUGACCUCACCGCUGAAGAACUACUCGCUGAGCAACAUACCGCAGCAGAUGGAGACGCAUCCGCGACCACGUCACCACAGCGCCAGAAGCAGUUCGAGAUCGCCGCGUCAUGGACACCACCAUCACCAUCAUCAUGGCUACCACCAGCAGGGGCAGAUUCAGGGGCCAAGCUCCACGAGCACCAACGGAUCCGCGGCCAGUCAGGCGAACCAGGUGACGGCCAGCGCCAAAAGGGAUUGCCUGCGUCUCCAGAAGCCGGAGCAGCAUUUGCCCGACGGCGAACUGACCGAACUGGGCGGAAAUGGACGGAGGAAGCUCUACCAGAGCGUGUUCGAUCUGUCGCCGGAAUACUGCGGACUGCCCUUCGUCAAGCGAUUGAAGAUCCUCAAUGAGCGCCAGAAGCUGGCCGAACUGGAACGGGCGCUGCAAACGCGCAGCUUUAGCCUGGACUGCUCCAAAUCCGGGCCGGAUAGCAAGGUGCCCAUCUCGGAGUCAUUGUAUCGAUGCUAUAGCGACACCUCCGGCAUCUAUUCGCAGUUCCUCAGCACUUACGAGUCGACCACCAGCUCCACCUCGAUAUCCACCAAUACUUCCGCUUCCGCCUCCGCAUCGGCAUCCGCUUCCGCUUCUGCAUCCGCAUCGGAUAGCAACUCCAGGCAGUUGCAGUACAUACCCCUGCCACUCAGUCCCGAAUCGAAUGAGACCAUGGAGCGGCGCAAGCUGAAGAGCAUACUCAAGAAGCUCCAGAUGGGCGGUGGUCAGCAGGAGGAGGCGGGAGCGGGGGCGGGAGCGGUAACGGGGUCAAAGGUCAAAUCCAGUGCCAGCCAAAAGGGGCAGGGGCUGCCGGCGGAGCCGACCUUGGAAGGCCCGCCCGCCAGUGCCAAGGAGGAGGAAUCUCCCUUCGGCGGUGCUGCGGCGAUCGGUUCGGUGAAUAAUGGUUGCGGUAACGGUAACGGUAGCGGUAGCGGUACGGUUAACGAUAGCAAUGCUAAUUCGAGUUCGCAUCCGAGCAAUAACGGCAACAGUGCGUACACGUGUCCUCCACCGGCGGUGGCUUUUCCGUUUCCGGUACCCAUUGCACCAGCAUCCGGCUCAGUUCCACUUCCACUGGAGCCCGGAGCGUCGAGUGCCUGGUCGCCGACGUUGACGUUGGUAACGCCCACGAAUUCGCCGCAGGAGAGCUUCGCGUUUCCCGCCCAACUGCAGGGGGAGUUGGGCGGACACGGCACCGGACGCGGACUCGUUGGUGGCGUUGGCAGCGCCUCAGCGUCGCUGUUGCCAGCGGGAGCGGGAGCAACUGCAUCCGCAUCCGCAUCCACGUCCACGUCCGCCUCGUACGUCGUCGAGUGCUCAGCGUCGUCGAACCAAAUCCUCCAUGCCCAGUCCACCACUGAUUUGAAUUUGAAUUUGCAGCUCAGGCAGAACACAACCAGUGCGAUGGGUGGAACGGGUCCAGGGCAGCGGAUUGAAGGCUUCCCGGAGGCACAGGACUACUUCAAUCAGAUCCUGAGCGGCAUCAACCACGUGAUCAAGACGCACAUGAACGAGAUGCACUCCAAGUUCGAGACGCAAUUCUCUAGCAUGGCUGGUGAGGUGCGGCGCCGCGACGCCAUCAUUGCCCAGCUGCAGCUCAAGCUGCGCUCCAUAGAGGGCAAGUCCUCGGCACCAGCGCCAGCGCCAUCCUCAUCCUCCUCCGCCUUGGUCCUGCCCAUCAGCCGGCGCCAGAAGAAGAUGCCUCAGCUGUCGGUGGACGACGACGAGCCGCCGGAGGAGGAGGACAACAGCAGUUCGGGAUCUUCAGCGGAACUUUUGUUUAUGCGAGGAGACUCUCUGGAUACAGUGUUCACCUCAUCGCCGCCCAUCCAAGGCGGCAGGCGCAGCAUAUCGCCGGGUCCUAGUCGUCAUCAUGCGGCCUCGGCAAACGCCCUGAACUGUCCGAGCAGCUACUACGGAGGACCCGGCACCCUGAGCUCCCGCCACGCCCAGAGCCACCCCAGCUUCUAUUCCGGCCAGGGCAAUGGACGCAGCAGCGGGCGCAGCAGUGGCUAUCGCGAGUGGAGCGGCGCAUCGGAGACCGGACACCUGGGCAGCGGGAGCGGCUCGAGCGGUGCCGUUAUGGUGGCGGAUGUCACGGGCAAUCUGGCCCGCCUGUCGGACAGCGUGAUCCUCGACAUUGGCGAGAGCUCCAGCUCAAGCUCCUCGUCCAGCAAGAUCAAUAUGGCCGAGGUGGACGACGACGAGGAGGAGGAGGAUCCGAGGGUGCGCGAUGCUCGAAACGAGGGGGAUAUGGACGACGGCGGAGGUCGUUUGGCGAGCACCAACGACUGGGAGGUGCAGAUGCUGGCCGCCGAGAUGGAGCGGCAGGAGCGGAAACGUGGUCACUCCCUAUCCGACAAUCUGGGCGAGCUGAAGCACUGCAGCACUUUUCUGCGGCGUCGCCGGAAGUUUAGCGACACGGAAACGGAAUUCAGUGAGACGGACAUGGAGGAGCAGUUGGCCAGAUCGGGCAGCGGCUCCAUGCAGCCCAGCGCAUCAGCACCAUCUGGUUCUGGAGCCGGUGGCUCCACAUCCGCGGGACACCAAAGCGGCAGCCAGCGACCGCGGGCCUCCAGUCUGGAUCAGUUCAAUCUGCGCUACGGCAUCGGGCGCGGAAUCUUUAAAGCAAUGAGCAUCGACCGUGAUAAAGACAAGCUUUGAGAACUAUAAUCACGACCAAAUCUAACCCGAUCCCGAUCCUGGUCCCAAUCCCGUUCCGAGUUCCCAUCCCCAUCUCCAUCGCGACCAGAAGCAAGUUCAGCCGCAGACAAGCAAUAAGCAAUGGAAUUUGGACAGUAUUACCAUGGUACAAGAACUAGGUAUAUGUAUAUGAUAUACAGAACUAAGAAGAUGUCAGGACAUAUAGAUCUAUAUUCUAUAUAUGUUUAGCCCUAACGAAACCCCCCAGCAAGAGAAUCGAUAUAUACAGAUAUACACAUAUAAAGUAAAACCCGAUUGAGAUAUAUAUAUACAUACAUAUAUAUAUAAUACAUGUAGAUUUAACGGAAACAACAACUACUAAGAACACACAAAUAGCCAGAGAGUGUUCCCACCCCGGUUCCAAUUUCUAUUUAUUUCGCUUUCUUGAGUUGUAAUCUCGAUCCCUAUUGAAUAUUCUUGCAAAAUGGUAAUAUUUUAAUCCUCGACUAUCUAUGCCUGCUUUAAGGUUUUCGUUUUAUUGAGUUGCCCCAUCAUUAUGCAAGUGUACUUAAGGGUCUAUCAAUAUUUUCUUAACGUUACUUAAAAUUUACCAAAUUUGUGUGACCCUGUGAGAGAAUGUAUGUGCGUAGAAGAUACUUCCCACAUUAAACCGUCCUAAAAAACGUCCAUUCCACGAUGCGCAUGUUUGUUCAUUUUGUUUGAAUCUGAAUCUGUGACCGAAGAUAAAGAUGCAAAUCGGCAUUUGUAUCUCGGCCCUAACCCAAAUCGGUAUAUUGAUCAGUUGCUCGUUUAGUUCGUGGACGGCGGGUCUGGGCCUCUCUACAGAUGUAUAUACCUCUUAUUGUUAGAGACUAUGGAACAUAUAUAUACAUAUAUAUU